GCUUAUCGUGAGACCGUAACAUGACCGGCCUGAGCGCUGCCGGUUUCUUGUGUAAUGUUUAACACGGUCUUCUUUAACACAAAUUACAUUCGCGAUCUGUAAAUAGUUUUUAAUUUCAUUUUUUUCUUUCUUACGAAAUUUCUAGUACAUCCAGUAUUACAUCUGCACCAAAAUAUCGACUAAAUCUUCCAUUAGGUACGUAAAAUUUAAAUCAGCGAUUAGUGGGUCUGUCAAAAUCUUAUAUAGGGGGAGGGUCCAUUAUGACCUUUUAAUGAUUUAGGCAUCGAACAAUAAGAACGGCUUGCCAAAAUGCCGGCUGUUCGUGGGGAUGGCAUGCGGGGCCUUGCCGUGUUUAUCUCCGACAUACGAAAUUGUAAAAGUAAGGAGGCUGAAAUCAAACGAAUUAACAAAGAAUUAGCUAAUAUACGUAGUAAGUUCAAAGGAGAUAAAACGUUGGACGGAUACCAGAAGAAAAAGUAUGUUUGUAAAUUAUUGUUUAUAUUUCUGCUCGGACAUGACAUUGAUUUCGGUCACAUGGAAGCCGUCAAUCUCUUAUCUUCGAAUAAAUACUCAGAAAAACAAAUCGGUUAUUUAUUUAUCUCUGUACUAGUAAAUACCAAUAGCGAACUGAUCAAAUUAAUAAUACAGAGCAUUAAAAACGAUUUGGCCUCAAGAAAUCCCAUACACGUUAAUUUAGCAUUGCAGUGUAUCGCUAACAUUGGAAGUAGGGAAAUGGCCGAAGCUUUCGGGAAUGAAAUUCCGAAAUUAUUGGUUUCCGGCGAUACUAUGGACGUAGUCAAACAAAGUGCGGCGCUUUGUUUAUUGAGACUAUUCCGUACUUGUCCGGAAAUUAUACCGGGAGGUGAGUGGACGUCGAGAAUAAUUCAUUUGUUAAAUGACCAACACAUGGGAGUCGUCACCGCUGCUACUAGUCUUAUAGAUGCUUUAGUAAAAAAGAAUCCGGAGGAGUACAAGGGGUGUGUUUCUUUAGCGGUAUCUCGUUUAAGUCGAAUUGUGACAGCUAGCUAUACGGACUUGCAAGACUACACUUAUUAUUUCGUUCCUGCACCUUGGCUUUCGGUUAAGCUGUUGAGACUCCUACAGAAUUACACACCUCCAGCCGAAGAUCCAGGCGUACGUGGUAGAUUAAAUGAAUGCUUAGAAACCAUCCUAAAUAAAGCCCAAGAGCCACCAAAGUCAAAGAAAGUUCAGCAUUCGAACGCAAAGAAUGCCGUUCUAUUCGAAGCUAUUAGUCUGAUCAUACAUAACGACAGUGAGGCUAAUCUCCUUGUAAGGGCGUGUAAUCAACUGGGUCAGUUUUUAAGUAAUAGGGAAACAAAUCUUAGAUACUUGGCAUUGGAGUCUAUGUGCCAUUUGGCGACAUCUGAAUUUUCUCACGAAGCCGUCAAAAAACAUCAAGAAGUCGUGAUCUUAUCGAUGAAAAUGGAGAAAGAUGUGUCAGUCCGGCAGCAGGCGGUAGAUUUACUGUAUGCGAUGUGUGAUAAGACGAAUGCGGAAGAAAUAGUACAAGAAAUGCUGAAUUAUUUGGAAACUGCGGAUUACUCCAUUCGAGAGGAAAUGGUUUUAAAAGUUGCAAUCCUUGCAGAGAAAUACGCUACAGAUUAUACCUGGUACGUCGACGUCAUUCUAAAUUUAAUUAGAAUAGCUGGGGAUUAUGUAUCCGAAGAGGUUUGGUACCGUGUAAUACAAAUCGUGAUUAACAGAGAUGAGGUGCAAGGGUAUGCCGCGAAAACGGUAUUUGAGGCUUUACAAGCUCCUGCUUGUCACGAAAAUAUGGUCAAAGUGGGCGGAUACAUUUUGGGGGAGUUCGGCAAUCUCAUAGCUGGAGAUCAACGGUCAUCGCCUCAAGUACAAUUCCAACUGCUGCACUCGAAGUAUCAUCUAUGUUCUCCAAUGACACGCGCCCUUUUGUUAUCGACGUACAUUAAAUUCAUCAACCUGUUUCCAGAGAUUCGUACUCAAGUGCAGGAAGUAUUUAGACAGCACAGCAAUUUAAGAUCUGCCGAUGCCGAAUUACAGCAAAGAGCUUCAGAAUAUCUGCAAUUGAGUAUUAUCGCUAGUGCGGACGUACUGGCUACGGUACUAGAAGAAAUGCCUUCGUUCCCGGAGAGGGAAAGCUCUAUUUUGGCAGUGUUAAAGAAGAAGAAACCGGGCCGUGUUCCGGAGAACGAAAUUAAGGAAGGGAAGAGUCCUACGCCAAUUACAAACCAUACCAAUGACACAAACAAUACAAGUUCUGUCUCCGGCGAUUUACUGGGACUGUCAACGCCACCUACAUCACAACCUCCAUCCAGUAACACUGGUGUUUUACUAGAUGUUUUAGGAGAUGUAUACAAUUCUAAACCUCUAACGAAUAAUACUAAUAAUACUCAACAACAGAAUCUGUACAACCCUAAGAAAUUCGUUUGUAAAAACAACGGCGUAUUAUUUGAAAACGAAUUAAUCCAAAUAGGAGUUAAAAGCGAAUUUAGACAAAAUUUAGGUCGUCUCGGUUUAUUUUAUGGUAAUAAAACUACAUUCCCAUUGCAGUCGUUCGUUCCUACACUUUUAUGGUCUGAUGAUCAAGCUGCAAAGAUGAGUAUUCAAAUGAAACCCGUCGAGCCGUUAUUGGAAGCUGGCGCUCAAAUUCAGCAACUUAUCAAUGCGGAAUGUAUAGACGAUUAUACAGAUACUCCAAGUAUGGUGAUAUCCUUUAUUUACAACAAUCUUCCUCAAAAAAUUACGAUAAAACUGCCACUCACAAUAAACAAAUUCUUUGAACCGACGGAAAUGAAUGGCGAAUCAUUUUUCGCCAGAUGGAAAAAUUUGGGAAGCUCAAAUCAGCAAAGAUCGCAAAAGAUAUUUAAGGCGAAUGGCGUAAUGGAUUUACAAGCGACCCGUACAAAACUCAUGGGUUUCGGAAUGCAAUUGCUCGAUGGUAUCGAUCCUAAUCCCGAUAAUUUCGUCUGCGCUGGUAUAGUGCAUAUGCGUUCUCAACAAGUGGGGUGUCUGCUUCGUUUGGAACCAAACAGAAACGCUCAGAUGUAUAGACUUACGGUGCGUUCUAGCAAAGAGAGUGUCUCGGUGGAAGUUUGUGAUCUCCUAGCUGAACAAUUUUAAUGUAAAACAGUUCCCAUUAGCAAAAUAUUCUAUUCAUUUGCUCUUAGUCAUAUACAUAUUUCACUCUCUGCGUUCAUCAACAACAUAACACUCUUUAGCCUGAAAUCUUCCUUACUAAAUUCAUGUUGUACGUGUUACGAGAUACUAAGGACCUAUCAUGCAUGAAUUGAGACAAUAUACUUGUGAAUUUCAAAUGUGCAAAUGUUCUUGCCUGUGGAUGUUUAAAUGUUUAUUAGCUCUUUACACUAUUUUUAUGUUCUAAUCUAUAGUAAAGAUGGAGUUCAAAAGAGGAUCAACAAUUUUACGCACAGAUGUUUUUAUUUUAGAUUUCGUUAUAGUUGAUAGGGUUCACUAUUAUUACGUUCUUUGGGUAAUCGAGAAGUAAAACAUGAUCUACAAGCGCAUAUAAUGCACUUUAUUAAAAUUACUCGUGUGAUUUGGAUUGUUUUUAUAUAUACAAGGUGUUGCCGAUCACGAAAUGGUACCUAUUUCAAAUUUGAUUUUCUGUUUGUCAGCAAACCGUUUCAUGACCGUCAAUUCUAGUCUGACUAUUAAUCGUAGUAAUUUCACACUUUUAAUUUUAUUUUUAAUAGUGUACCCUUUAAUUGUUGUUUUAUAAUACUCCAUACAGACAUAUCUCCGUGCUGUUACCAAUUAUUUUAAGCCAUCGAAGCAUAUUGCUAUUUGUAUAAUUUGAAAGGUGAUACUGACAUUUUCUGGUUAAUCUAUCUGUAGAAAUGACGUUUUAUUCUCGACUCCUUUACUGGCCACGUAGAAUAAAAUGCAGCGCUUGAACUCAAUAGAAUUUAAAUGCUACAUAUAUUAUUGUAUAAAAAUAACGAGUAUAUAAUUGGCAGUUUAAAUUAAGUCAUGUUAAAGGUCUAUAUGAAUGCAAAUGUUAACAUGAUGACUAUAUCAUAGUUUUAAGACUUGAAAUGGAUUUCUGUUAAUUUAAUUGACAUUUUUUUAAUACGAAGUUAUCGAACAUUAUUUCAAAUCUAAUAAAUGUUAUAAUUUGUAUAUGUUCAUUGUAUAAAUUAUCUUAUGUAGGUAGAUGUAAAUCUAUACGAUUCCAGUUUUAUUUGUAUUUUUUAUAUGUUAUAUUAGUAUUGUGCAUCAUAUUCAUUGUAUAAAUAAUAUAUGUAAUAUAGAAGGAAAUAUACUCAUGAAUUUUUA